CGAACUCCGAACCUCGCUUACUCAUUCAUGCCUUGUCAAAGAAACUCCUCUUACAAAUCAUCCACCCCAACACAAAUCCCCGUAGAAGAAAGAAAGAGAGGAUGAAGAUGACAUGGAAGAAGAAUCAGAACAAAAAACGACCUAUCUCUCACUAUUCGAACCUCCCUUUUGAUGAUGAGGUUAAUCAAAAUGAUGAUGCCAAUACCAAAACUAAAAAUACUGGAACCGAUGUAGUAGAAGAAGAUAGAGCGGUCCAGAACGAAGAAUUGUCAAAUAAGGAAAUUUCUGCUUCUGGGAAUGGUGAAGAGAAUGCUAAGAAGCUCGGUGAAGAAUAUGAAGCUCAAGGAAACAAGCUUGCCGAGGAUGGGAAUUACCAAGAAGCACUUGGAAAGUGGGAGACUGCAAUUGUAUUGAUGCCAGAGCGAGCUGUUUUACACGAACAAAAAGCUCAAGUUUUACUUGAACUUGGAGAAUCAUGGCAUGCCUUGAAGGCUGCGACUCGAGCUACUGAGCUGGAACCUACAUGGGCCGAGGCAUGGAUCACCCUUGGUAGAGCUCAGUUAAACUUUGGGGAGCCUGAUUGUGCCAUUGAAAGCUUUGACAAAGCAUUAGCAAUUAAGCCGGAUUCUAUGGAAGCAAAAGGGGACAGGCAAACUGCUUUACAUUUGGUAAAGAGGCGAAAACAGCUUCAUUCAACAGGAUUGAGUUCGACUGAAAACCGUUUUCUAGUUGGAGAUCAAGGCUAAAGCUGUUGAACAAAAAAUUUUGUAGUUACUAUUAAGAGCUUGUUGUGUUACAUGGUAAGAUAUGGCUCAAACAAGAUAGUCUUGCUACAAUAAUUGUAUGUGCAAGUAUUUGUUUCACUAACUUUAUUUUAAUUUCUUUUUCCGGUG